AUGUUCGGCGUGCGGCGGGCAGCCCCCCCCGACGUGCCCGCCCUGAAGAGCUUCCUGACGCCGCUGUUCACCGAGGGCGAGUUUGGCGACGGGCUGGUGUUUGGCGAGCUCGAGAUGGAGGAUUACCUCGACUGGGCGCUGCCACGGGCGCUGGUCGACCCGGCGAAGCUGGUGUAUGUGCUCGAGUUCACGGCCAAGAGCUCGGUGCGGACGUACGGGCCGCGUAUCGUGGGCUGGUUCUGUAUACUGCUUGACGAGCCCGGCCAUGUGCCACAGGGACUCGCGUUUUACAAGACCCGCCUGCUCAAUUCCAUCCAGGAUAUCCAGAUCUGGCCCAACAAACAGGCCGCAGAGGUGCACCGCCGCUUCACGACGCUCCUGGCCCGCCAGCAGGACGCCCGCCGGGGGAUGCAGGCCUCCCCGUCCGGCGCCCAGCUGGCCUGCUUCGCUGUCCACCCUAAAUUCCGGGGCGUCGGUCUCUGCAGCCGCAUGCUGGCCUGGGCCGCCGAGGUGGCCCAGCAGGCGGGCCUGGCGUCUCUCUAUUACCUGGCGGAAGAUGGCAAGCCGUUUGUCGCCCAGGGUGUAUACCAUACCCCUCAGUCAUACCUACACAUCAUGACGGUCGGCAAUCCCGCUCGGGUUUCCGACACUCGCGAUCUGGCAUCCCUGGCCAAGAUCUUGACGACCCGUCUAGACAGCUAUCUCGGCGAGGAGAACCGCGAGGAGUCCAAACGCGAGGUGGUGCGUGCCUGCGAGAAGAUCGUCUCCCUGGUCCAGACGCCGUUUGAACGCAUCUUUGUCGAGACGGCCGGAUAUGUCGUUUCCGCCGUUGCUUCCAUCGCCGUCGCCCUGCGGCUGCCGCAUCAUGUCUCGGCAGAUGCCAGUCGUCCCUCGUCUCUCAGGGACCUUGCUGCCGCGACGGGAGCGCAAGAGGAACUAAUCUGGCGCGUCCUUCGCAUCCUGACGCAGAAAUACAUCUUCGAGGAGGUGGCGCCCGGCCAGUACAUCCAGAACGCGGCCUCGGAGACGCUGCAGCUGCCCGGAGUAGAAGCUUGGGUGGCAGUCAGCACCGACGACAUCCUGCAAGCAUCGGCCGCCCUGCUGCCCCUGCUGAAAGAAAACAACUUCCAGAUUCCCGUGGAGAGUGGGAGCUGUGCCUUUUCCAAAGCAUUCAAAACCAACCUGAAUCAAUUCGAGUAUUACUUCGAAGUCGACGCCGAACGCGGCCGCCGCGCCGCCAUGUCCAUGUCGGCCUUCAACACGACCUCCAUGUUCGCCGACUUCCCCUAUCCGUUCGACCGUCUCUCCCCAGGCGCCGUGGUGGUCGACAUGGGCGGCGGCAGCGGCCACGUCUCGGCCAACAUCGCCAAGCAGCACCCGCAUCUGCGGUUCAUCGUGCAGGACAGCGGCGAGGCCCUGGCGGCAGGCAAGGAAAACAAGGAACUCCGCCAUCUCCCGCUGGAAUGGCAGGAGUUGGGGCUGUUCGAUGCGCAAACCGUGCAGGGGGCCGAGGUAUACAUGAUCCGGCACUGCAUGCAUGGCUUCACCGACUCGGUGGCCUGCAAGAUCCUGCGUGGGGUGGCACCCGCGAUGGAAGCGGGCAGAUCGCGCAUCCUCAUCAUCGACUGUGUCGUGCCUGAUCUGAUCGGCGGCGACAGCAUGCCCUUUGUCAACGCGACGGAUAUCAUGGCGCUGCUGGGGGGAAAUGGCAAGCAACGCAAUGCCCGGCAGUGGCAGCAGCUGGUGCAAAUGGCCGAUCCACGGCUGCAGGUGGUGAACAUCUGGAAGCAGGAGAGUCUUGCUUCGGCGGAUGCCGUUAUUGAGAUUGAACUGCAUUAG